UUUUGAGGUUAGGUGAAUAAAAAUAUACAUUGAAAAAAUUUAAAUUUUUAAAUAUAAAUAUAAAACCACAAUGUUGACUAUAUUCUAACUAAAUAUAUCAUAUAAUUAGGAACAGAAAUUAACUAACGGACUGUGUAAUAUCUGAUUGUGAUAUGAUUUGAAGAAGACUAAUCGAAAAGAAUUGAAAAUAGUAAAACAUUGAUUUUAUGAGUGGUACUAACCUUCAUCAUGAUGUGGAAGAGAACAUAUAUGCAUUCCAUUUUGCUUUUAUCUGUUUAUUUUGAAACAGCAGUCAGUCUGCGUACUUACACAAAGAAAGACCUGAAUAGACUGAGAAAUGAGGUGAAAGAAAUGUUUUAUCAUGCUUAUAAUAGUUAUUUGAACUUUGCUUACCCUUAUGAUGAACUGAGGCCUUUAAGCUGCGAUGGUAUAGAUACCUAUGGAAGCUAUUCGUUGACUCUGAUAGAUGCAUUGGAUACUUUAGCCAUCAUGGGAAAUCACACAGAAUUUCAGAGGGUCGUGGAUAUUAUAACAUCAAAGUCUAAAUUUGAUGGUAACAUCAAUGUUUCUGUGUUUGAAACAAAUAUACGAAUUAUUGGUGGCCUCUUGAGUGCCCAUUUGUUAUCAUAUAGAGCAGGUGUCAAAGUUGAGCCUGGCUGGCCGUGCAAUGGUCCGCUCUUGAGACUGGCCGAAGAUGUCGCUAAAAGGUUAAUAGUGGCUUUUGAUACAACCACAGGAAUGCCUUAUGGUACAGUAAACCUCAAGUACGGUGUUCCGAAAGGGGAGACUACCAUAACAUGCACUGCUGGUAUAGGUACCUUCAUUGUGGAAUUUGGAACUUUGAGUAGGUUAACGGGAAAUCCUAUUUAUGAAAAAGUGGCUAUGAAUGCUCUAUACGCUCUGUAUCUCCACAAGUCUCGUCUUGGCCUUUUUGGCAACCACAUUGACAUCGAAACGGGUCGUUGGACAGCCCAGGAUGCAGGGAUUGGGUCUGGGGUAGAUUCUUACUUUGAAUAUUUGGUGAAAGGUUCGAUUCUACUACAAAGACCCGAACUGAUGGAAAUGUUCCACGAGGCUCGGAAAGCUUUCGACAAACACAUGAAAAAAGACGAUUGGUACGUGUGGGUCUCGAUGACGAAAGGACAUAUAACUUUACCGGUAUUUCAAUCCUUAGAAGCUUUCUGGCCGGGCGUGUUGAGCUUAAUUGGUGAUACGUCCUCUGCCAUGAGAACUCUGCAUAAUUAUCAUCAGGUUUGGCAACAGUAUGGUUUCACACCGGAAUUUUACCAUAUUCCUCAAACAGAAGCCGGGUUGAAUAAAGAGAGUUGGCCGUUGCGACCUGAAUUGAUUGAGUCGAUUAUGUUGUUGUAUAGAUCGACAGGUGACCCAUUUUUACUUCAAGCUGGCGAAGAUAUAAUGAGAAGCAUACAGCAUAGUUCUAGAACUCCAUGCGGAUAUGCAACCAUAAAAGACGUAAGGGACCAUAGAAAAGAAGACCGUAUGGAAUCAUUCUUCCUAUCAGAAACGACCAAGUACUUGUAUCUUCUUUUCGAUACCGACAAUUUUAUUCACAAUCAAGGUCAACAUGGGACUGUUAUAGAAACGCCGAACGGUGAAUGUAUAGUCGAUGCCGGUGGAUACAUCUUCAACACUGAGGCUCAUCCAAUUGAUCCUAGCGCUUUGCAUUGUUGCCAUGACGUCCCGAAGCAGAACAAGUUCAACUUUUCGGAUUUUUCCGCUAAGAGAAAUAUUUUCAAAGGUGAAACUCUGCAAGGGAGGAACAAGAAAUCGAAAGAAAAUAAAGAUAAGGUUACUUUAAAUGAAGAAAAAGACAAUUCGAUGUUUCCGAAUCAAGACGGUGAAGUUAUCGUGGAAGAGUUUCCGAGUCAAGGAUCAUCAGGUAAUUUGGUUGAAGCAGAAGAUGUUUCGUUUAAGGCCAACGUUGAGGAAGGUUCUGAAGAUGAUAAUUUCAACCAAGACGCGAUAAAUCUGUCAGUUUUGGAUUAUACGACGAAUGCAAAUCCGAAAGAAGAAGAAGAAUCUUUCGACGCAGAGAAAAUGGUGGGAAAAUUUGAACUUGAGGAUAAGUUUGCCAGUAGCAAGACCUGGGCGAAGAAAUAUGAACUUUUGAGUUGUAAGGCUCAGCCGUUUCUGCAGAAACUUUCGAUUUUUGGAGAGUUUUUCAAGAGGUAACUUAACAUUCCUGAAUGAGACUAUUUUUAUGUAUUAUUUUGUUGAGUGUGUUUUUUACUAGAAAAUAUAUUUACCAGGUUAUAUCUUUUA